CAGUUGUGCCUGCUGAACGCGGCCAAUGAUAGCUUUCGGUUCUUGGAAAAAGAACAGACCCAUUUAAUUUCCGUGUUGACCGCGGGUGGCACUUUAGGCGCCCCCGCAAGCUAUGGCAAUUUCGUACCCUCAAGGGCGUGCACAACGUGCCAACGACCCACGUUUCGUCGCGGAGCACGGAGAUUGACGGAGAUUGCGGAGCUUCCUGCGGGUCGGUGUGUCGCGGGUUUAAAGGGCAGUAAGCGAGCGAUUUGCCUCGUCACCGCAACAUUCGGGAUUGUACGUAUAAAUGCCGAGUUACUCCUCUUCCCACCUGCGUUCAGCCGAGUGAGAGUCGCGUCCGACGACCACGACGCGGGAAGUCGCGAAUACCAGGGUGUGAAUUACGAUCGUUUCCGUAUCGCGUGCGAGCGAGGCUGGUAUUGACGCGGGAGUCUACGUAUACUCCGCGCGUUCGCCCGAGAUCGCGACAGUUCCUCAUCGACUCCGGCCGGUGGUCCUCUCCUCUCGACGAGAACCUCGGCCCGGUUAGAUGGGCGAUCGGGUCGGAGAGGCGCGCGGCUGACCGCGCGGAUCCACGGCGGACGCGCACGCGAGCGUACAAUUUGCCUGCGACCACGGUUCUCCCUUGGGGGCCCCCGAUGACCGCCUGACGGCUGGAGCUUCAUGUAUGUAACUAGACUAUGACAGCGAUGGAUUCCGAUUCCGAGAGUCAGGAUAGCGACGAAGGGCGGCGAUUUCGUUUCGAGGCCACGCGCAAGGACUCGGCCGCGCCCGUGGACACCGCGGGUCGAACCAAGUCGCCUAAGAAGAAGCACGAGUCGUCCCGCGACGAGAGCUAUCGGGACAGGAAGGAACGAUCCAAACACGAGAGCGGCGGCAAGGCGGACGACAAGGAUCUCAGACACUCCGGGAAGUACUGGAAGCACGAGUCGAGGAACUCGAGGCAGGAGGACGGCAAGAAUUCGCACAAGGACCACAGGGAGAGCAGGUCCGGUCUCGCCGUGAAUGACCGAGGCUCCAGAAGUUCCAACGGCGGCAACGACGCGAGGGAGAGAUCGCGCGACUCCAAGUGGCAGUCGGACAGGGACCGGAGCGUCCACCGGGCGCAGCGCUCGCGGGAGCACUCGUACGAGAGAAACCAUCACGACGAGCGUGCGUCGAGCGAUAAGCACCGGGGUCGAUAUCACGAGAGGCACAAGCAUCGUUCUCGCGACAGGAGCCGGGACAGAGCUCAUCAGUCGAGUAGAGUCAAGUCCUCGAGCGACAAUCAUCGGUCUCGGGAGGAUCACGGGAGGCACGAUUCCUCCAGGAAGAUAUCGGUGAAGGAGAAUAGGUCGCAGAAUUCGAGAGACCAUUCCUCGCCCAAGAGCACCGAGCGCGAGCGCAGUCACAGCGAGACUCGCUCGGGCGAGAACACGAAGGAUAAGAAGGAUUCGUCGAUAGAGGUUCAAGACUGCAAGGAUUUAGAUUUGUCGCAAUUCGACGUCCUGUCGGAGACCGACGAGAACAUGUCGGACGACCGGGAUUCCGAGAGCCGAACGUUAUCUCCGCACUCGCGUAAGAUCAAGAGACACGAUUUCGGAAGCCGGUCGGGAAGUCGCGCGACAAAGCGAGAGAACGAUGACGGUGCCAGCGAGAGAAAACGGCGGGAGGAGCUAAAGGUAAAGAAAAGGAGCUGUGAUCCGGCAUCUAGUUCCAGUAAUAAUAAUCCUAGUGCCGUUUCAGAUCCCUUACUCGCCUCCGCGUCGCACGCGACGCUCUUGGUAACGCGAGAGACUCGUACGGACUCUGAGAGAGAAAAGUCUGAAUACCGUCAAGAGGAGAGUAACGUCGAACGUUAUUCUCUUCCGAGUUCGGGAGAGAAGCAUUCGCGUUCUAGUGCUUCUUCGGGUGAGGCGCGAUCAUUGGAGAAAAAUACCGAUCAGGCCGGAUUCACGUACGGUCCGCUUUUACCACCGGGAUUCGCAUUCAACACGUCCGACGACGAACCUAAUGUUGCGACGCCGAAUAUCCUUGACGAAUACAAAGUCAGCGAUGAGGUCGAUGGAAACGGUAUGAAUGUUAUCGGACCUCGUUUACUACCUCGGUUAAACGAUCGUCGAAGCGUGGAGCGAGAAGACGCAGCGGAUGCUUCUGCGACGGAAGCGGACGCUGUUUUCGGGCCAGCACUGCCACCACAUUUGUUACAAAAACACCGACGGAACCAUUCGCGGGAUAGAAUUAUCGGCCCUGUGUUACCCGACACGCUGAAGUCUCAGGAGGAAGGUUUGACCGCGUCCCCGGCAUCUGACGACGAAUCUGGGAUAGGUCCCCUACCUGUGGAUCACCCAGCUCUACAAACUAGCCGCGUACACGAAGAGUUAGAUUUGAGAGCGCAAAGAAUUAGAGACGAAAAAUAUUUGGAGGAGAUUGAUAUUGGAAAUAAACGCGAGGAAUGGAUGACCGAGUUACCGUCCGCUCAAGCCGCCAAUCUCGGCCUGGGCCCGCGCAAAUUCAAGCUUCGAGACGGCCCAGAUAUGUCAGAUAGAUCAUGCUGGACCGAUACACCGGUACAAAAAGCUCAGAAGCAGAUGAAUUUGGAAAAUGUAAAAAAUGAAGCGAAAAGAUUCAGAGAAUCAGAGAAAAGACGUGUAAAUGAAUUUCGCAGAAAAGAAGCGGACAAGGGUGAGAAGCGCGCGAAAUCGCUAUUAGAAGUGCAUCAAAGCAAGAUCGCCAAGAAAAAGAAGAAAGAAGAAAGAGAAGCGAGACGGACUGGAGUGUCAACGAGAAGGCCGUUUGAUAGAGACAUCGAUUUGCAAGUUAAUCGAUUUGAUCAGUCGCAAAAGAAGUCUAUUCUGAUGAAAGCGCAGAUGCUCGACGAUAGGUUCUCGCGUGGGCAAGUCUAAUGGUUCGAAUUUUCACGGGGAUUGUGGUAAUUGUACAUAAUUAUUAAUUAUAAAGGAAAGUUCUAUAUUAAAUACAUUGAUUUGCAAGUUAAUCGAUGCGGCACAAAGAAAGACGAUUGAUGAAAGUGCAGUUGCUCGACGAUAGGUUCGACGUAGACAAAAUUAACGGGUUCGAAUUCUCACGGGAAUAAAAUUAAAAUAACUGUAAAUAAUUGUUAAUUUUAAUGGAAUUUAGAUUGUAUGUUAUACGUACAUUCGGAAAUUGGCAGAGAUACUGAAUAAUGUUUCACGGUGCCUUGAACUAACAGAGUUCUUGCCAUUUUUGACUGACAGUUUUACAUCAAUGUUUUAGCAGAAUAUGCACACCGGUUUCGUUAUAUUCUAAUCGUGAUAUUUUAUAAAUUUUUUUUUAUAAAGCCACAUUUUACUGUCGGAGUCAACUAACUUUCGUCAAAUAUUUCGACUUCACCUCAGUUCCUCGGCUGUUUCCGAAACAAAUGUGUUGUAAAUUGUGUCGCGAACGUUAUUGCAGACUUGAUUUUCUAUCACGGCUACGAGUCGAGCGUUUGUUUUAGAUAAAGUUUAUUCAGUCGUUUCCUGCACGUUUCGUACUUGCAUUGUGCGAUGCAACGACGCAUAAGUUACAAUCGAACGGAGAUUUUAUAAAUACUGACUCGUAAUGUAUAUAUAGCGUUGUUCUGUAUGUGACGCAUCGUAAAAGCGACCGUGAUGUAUGUAAUAAUAACGAUUGUACGGUAUAUUUCUGCUCAUGCGUAAAAUAGAUAUGCCGCUCGUUGUUUAAUCGUCGUAUUUUCUAUAAGUGAGACAGUACAAAAUAGUGCGAUACUUGGCACUGUUGAUACGUAUCUUGGAAGGAUACAUAUCAGCGUGGCUGCAGUAAGUACAAGUAAAACUACGUUGUCACACUUGUACGCUCGAGACACAUCACACUGACUUCACGUAUACGUUCCCAGAUGCGACUCGAUACUUUCGGUGGGCCUGAAGCCAAAUGUUCCCAAGUUUUCAAUUUACAUUACUUGAGAGACUAUACGUACGUACGCAUAGUCAUAGUAAAUAUACUGAGCGUCCCAUUGAAUAAGCUGAAGCUUGUAAGAGAGAGAGAGAUUUAAG